ACUGGCGAGAAGACGAGCUGACAGACGUAGCUCAGAAACCGGAGAGAGCGGGUGUGUGUGUGUAGUGCUGCGCCUGCCUAAAAGUUGACUGACUCCAUGUUGAAGUUCUUCCUGUAGUGCUACAAAGUUUAGCGACAUACAGUAGAUACGAUUUUGUUGUAAUGUAAAUUAUACUUUGCAAGUGACGGAGUAGAAUUAGCGAUUGUGGGUAAACAAUAACGAGGAAAAAAUAAAAAAACUUUAGGUAAUUUACAUAGUGAACUGAAAAGGCACGAGAAAAACGUAAACAAAAAAGGUUGUAAUUGAAACAGCAAUCAUAUAAAUUGUAAUCGUGACGAGUGUAGACGCUGUGAAACAAUCCCUUCCUGGCUGCUUGUGUGGACUCAAUCAACCAACCCUUCAUGGUAUUAGCCAGUCAGCUACUUUGUUUACACGCCUGUGGACCCCAGUUUCCAGACAUAACAUCAAACUUGUUGUAGUGAUUUGUGAUUAAACUUAACCUUAAUGAACCUAAAGUAUCCUUAGAAAUGGACAAUUGGAUGUAGACGAAUUGAGAUGGAUAACAAUGAUAGAAUGACCUAAGUUAUAAAUUCUCCCACGAUUCUCUGAAAAAUUGUGACUAAAUAUAAAAUUAAAAUACAAGAAAUAAUCAGGUAGUGAAGAUGUGUGUGACUUGUACUGUGGAGAAUUGCGAAAGAAAGUUUGCUGUUUUGUGUUAAGAAAAUUCAAGUUGUUAAGUGGAAUUCUGUACAAAACUUAGUGGCAGAACGAUUAUGACAUACAGACCUUUACCGCGUGAAAAAGGGUCAUGUUGGUAUCUCGUCAAUUGAACCAAUAAACCUGAAACAAGAGGCGAGGAUAAUAUAAAUGUAAUAAUAAUACUUGCAUUGUAAAGUAAAUGAAGCAUUUUAUACCCCGAUGUUGCGAUGUUACCCACCAGACACUAGAUAUAAGAACGACUUUAAUUCAGAAACUGUGCAUUGUAAACUUAGAUCGAAGACUAACCACUUGGUGUUAUUUAUAAAACUACAAUAGAAGGGAAAACAUAGAUUAAAAUUACUUAAAAAAAAAAUCUAGUAGUGAUUUAGAACCAAAUAAAGUGUAAGGAAUAAUUGAAUAAAUGCAGUAUGUAGACUUUCGAAGUAAUAUGACGGGCGACAGUGAGUCAUGAUAACUAAGACAAACAUUAUCCCCGUGACCAAUAAGUAAAGUAACUACAGUACAUGACAAAAGUAUGUGAAACGAUAAUACUCCGAAGACAAUCCAACAGAGCAUGACUAUAAAGCAUGUGAUUCAACUUAAUUACUAAGAAUAAAUCCUCGAUCCCAAAUUUAGAAUAUUAGUUACGAACGUUAUACUCACUGCUGCUAGUAAACGACGGGACACUACCUCAGCGAAGAUGGAUCCAAAGGAGUGGUUCAACCUUCGUCAGAUCUACCGCGCCAGACUGUCGGCCGCCUCCUCCAAGAUGGAUUCGAAGAUCACCCUCGCAUGCUUAAAACAAGUCAGGAAUGUGUGGGCUGGUAUUAGCUGCCAUUGGGUGGAAGAAGCAGACGAUGAAACGCGGGCAAGUUGUCCUCAUCGCUACUCUUAGUGUCCUUGUUGCCAACGUCGCAAACCUCGUCAUUCUACAGGUUGGAGAAAACGGGGUAUUCCUGACGAAUGAUGAUGUGCAGACCAUCAUGAAGCAUAACCAAGAAAAUUACCUCAGGAUAGCACUUUGGCUGACAACGGCGGUGACAGCCUUGGUCAUCGUCGUUAGCUUCAUUGGGGCACAGUAUCUCUUCUGCGUGGUUGUGCGUGGCCCCAAGGUUAAAGGUCGCAUGCCAAUCACGAGGUCGUUAUCUGAAGAAGAUCUACAUCACCGUCAGGAAGGCCACGAUUCCACGCCCUCCUUGGAUGAUGUGGUGGCCUUGCCUGAUCCUGCAGGGUCCUCGGCGUGGGUCUACCACCCCGAGGAAGAAAAGAACCAGACGCCACUGUACCCAGUGGGCUUGGACCUCUUGUCGGACUCCCCAAAUGGCCCUCGAAGGCUCCCUGCCCGCCAUGCUUCCUUCGUCAGCCCACGUUAUGCCCGAGUUCACCAACGGCCACAGCGGGCACAAAGUUUUGCUGUGCGACGAGAUUUGCAAAUCAGCGAAGGACAUAUGCGUCCACCUGCCCCCGUGACGUGUCCAGAACUCCUUAAUUCUCGACUUUUCUCCCAAUACGCUAGGCCUGAUGCUCGCAAGAUCCACCGUUCAAAUUCUGUCAACGGGAGACUUUUGCUAGAAGAGAACAGUGGUGGUGCUACCCUGAGUCGUAAGUUCCAUGCCUGUUCGCUGGAUGACCUCGACACUGAGCCUGUGAUCCAAGUUGGUUUGUUGUCUCGUGGGCGAAGUCGAUCGGAACAGAGCCUGACCUCCACUGUCCAGGAUUCUUCUGCUGACAAUGGAGAAAUGGCUUGUGUACAUCGCUCAACCAGCGUCCAGGAAAGACUUCUUGAUGGGAAAACUGUCCUCACUUCCUUUGGUCCAAUAAAUCGCCCCAUGGCUCGCGUCGCAAAGCCUAAGGGACCAGCUCCACCUCCUCCGACAAAACCUAAGCCAGUACUACCGUCUUCUUCUCUUAUUCAAACUGUGUUCAAGAAAGAAGAACAAAAGAACAUGAAAGAAAUAAGCGACACCACCACUGCCACCACUACAAAGCAAACAGAGGAAGAAGAAAAAUCCGAAAACAAAGCAUUAAAUGAAAAAGAAGGGCUCCCAGAGCUGCCAAGACACCCUGAAGGGCUUUUAAGAGACCCCAAACAAUUGACAGGAAAUACCAAGAGGGUGUCAACACUGGAGCGUCAUUUACCGCUCCCUGUCAUUGAGGAGAACAUAAAAAACACACGUAAGCGUCCUGCGCCUCAGCCACGCGUCAUUCUACCUUCUCUUUACGAUGAUAAAUCUUCAAGAGGAGCGUUAAUAAACCUUCAGCUCGAUAACGCGAAACCAUCACGACCUGAGAUAAUCAAACCUCCGCGUCCAUCCAUAAUCGACAAGCCUCUUCGUCUGGUUGACAAAAACAUGACAAUUGCACGUCCAUCUCCAGUGAAGAAACCUGAAAGAAGACGAACAGAGGGAGAAAAUGCUGCCAACCUGCAAAAGCUUGAAGAGGUACUCACUAAUAUUCUUGAUAACGGAGCUCCAGCCCCUCUUCGAGCCACCAAGUCUGAUGAAAAUAUAAUGGAGAGUUUAAAGGCCCUUGAUAUGGAUACUAAAAUACCGAAGAGCAUAUUAAAGAAAGGUCCAACCAAACCCAGCAAAUAUGAAGUUGCUCACAGGGAGGCUCUUGAAGAUUCCAAGGCUCUUUUGGACCAGCUUCCGCGAGGUGAACUCCAGCGCAACAAGAUUGUACUUCGUGUUCCCUCUUUCAGAACAGCUGGAUGUCAAACUGAAGCCUACCGCCCAGUGCGCCGCCGUGCAUCUUGUGCACAGACCAAUCUUAGUGUAGCACCACUGUACAAAGAAAAUACUACAAGUGUAAGCUCUAGCACAAAGUCAUCUUCGCGAACAUCACCAAAAGAACACUGGACCAAAACAGAAAGACUUGAUGACCCCCAGGAACCACCUGUGCUCGAGUCAUCGUCAUCGUCAUCAGGUUAUUCGUCUCCUGAGGUGGGCAGCAAAGACCCAUCUCCUACUCAUUCUGGUCCUCCAUCGCCAGCCUCGUCGUCAGUUGUUGUUAGUGACGACGACGAGAGACGACCGGAAACCAAUGUUACAGUCAUAGAGGUCAAUAAAAGUGAGAAAAUGCUAUCAAGGCUGCCUCUCUGGCAUGGCCUAGACCCCGUGCCACCCCCACGGCCACCGAAACCACUCCGCCUACGCCACAUGUCCGACGCAGCGGCACUCAUGGGCACUCAUGGUGGUCUACUGGUCCCCGUCCACCGAAGAACCUCACAGCUCCCGAUUUACGAAGACGUAUUUGGUCUAGCAGCUCUCACUGAGAACGUCAUGCUCUUAACUGAAGCCAUAAACCCCGUAUUGGUUCAGUCCACAAGACCUAAUGAGGGAGAGGACACACCCUCAUCUACAACGCCCAGAGUCGUUGACUUCAUAAGGAAAACAGUUCAUCCAUCCCUCCAAGAUGACAAACCGUGGGAUGGACGCACGACUCUUGUACCACGCCCGCGACCCGCUGUCCGUACCCAUAGCCUGUCCUUACCACGACCAUCACUGGCUCCAGCCCCGCGCUCACGACAAACUAAGGAUUCCCGGUCUCCGUCUCCCACUCGGAAAAUAGACCAAAGCCAUCAGAUGAGUUACGACAACGGGCCUUCCACGGCGGCAUAUUUGGCCUCUCUAGAACUCCUUGCUUCUCACUACCGCCAUCAAGCACUUGCUAAUGCUAAGCAACUCCAACUGCAGCAGCGGCUAUUGAUACAGCAACAGCAGCAACAGCAGCAACAACAGCACCAACAGAAUCAGCACCAACAGCAACAGCACCAACAGCAUCAGCACCAACAGCAACAGCACCAACAGCAUCAGCACCAACAGCAACAGCAACAACAGCAACAGCAGCACCAACAGAGACAUCAAAGACAUAGGUCGGAGGAAGAGAAGGUACAGCCCGCAGCAACCCUUGUCUCGCCUGUCAAGGAGGAGAGUGAAUGUUGAGCCACGGAAAGUGAUCAGCUAUGACUUACGAGUAUACAAGUAGCACGAGUUAGAGCAGUGAAAGUAAACUUCUGAUAUCUGAGGCUGCAGUAAGCCCUUGUUAUGGGCAGUGGUUAACAGUGGCUACACUUCAGUGCUAACUUGUAAUGUUGCAGUGAUUUUUUUGCGAUGGUAUUGAAGUUGUAAGCAUAAACAGAAGUAAGCAACUCCCACUAACUGGAGUCAGCUGCAUAAAACUUCAGUGAUCAACAGUGUCAAAAGUGUGUACAGUUACAGUGAUCAGAUCUGCAGACACAAGAAUCAGACAGUAUUAUGUUAGGCUGCUAGUGUGAACGCUCCUAACUAGACAAUUAAUAGUGUGGGCUGAUUUGUGUAUCAAGUCCAAAGUGUAUUAAAAUAAAUAAUAAAAUUUUUAAAACUGUUACUACUACUACUACUACUACUACUUUUUUUUUUUUUUUUUUUUUAA